AUGAUUUCGUACGACAGCUCGACUUUUGAUUCGACUCUUGAGUCGAGGCGCAUGAUCUCAGAUGAUGGCAAGGGCGUGGGGGAAGUGCUUGAUGAGAGGGUGUGCGACUCCCAUGACAACUGCACUCCACUGGCUGUGGUGGGAUUCAUUCGCUUUGCUCUGCAUCCCAGCACUCCCAGCGACACCGACUGCUACGGCGGGGAUUCUGGCCGGGCAGCUGAUUCUGGUUCAGCCGCAGCUGCAGGCGCUUCUGGUAACGAUGCACUCAAUAGCGAGGACAGUGCAGUCACAGGCUCAGAGGAGUGGGUAUCAGAGGAUUCAGUCACAGUAAGCGAUUCUGCCAGUGUAGGGGAUUUUGGUGCGGCGGCAGAUGCUGUCAGUGAUGGAGCACUCAAUAGCGAGGAUAAGGAGUGGGUCUCAGGAGAUUCAGGUGCAACAGCAGGUGCAGCAGACUCGAAAGACAGUGAAAGCCAACAGCCCACCGGCCGGCGAAAGCUGGGUGGCAAAGAGAAGAGGCAUGCAAUGUUGGGCCGUAAUCGGAAGCAUGACAGGGGAAGGGAGGGGAAGGAGAGAAGGGGUGAAGCGGCAGGGAGCGGAGUGUGGGAGGGUGGGGGGAGGGCGGGUGUGAGGGGCGAGGCAGCCCGGUGGAGGAAGGAGCACGCAGAGAGAAUGCUGUCACCGCUGCAACUGGCGUUUGCACGCGAGGAAAGAGAGGCACUGAAGGCAGCGCAGGGCAUGAGAUGGACGUACUCACUCUCCCAAGUGGACGGCCAAGGGGGCAAUCAGGACACCACAGCCGCGCCCUACCACCUCCCUCCAAACGUUGCCAUCGUCUCACUGCAGGAACUUGCACCCAAUGAGGUCACCAUCCGACUUGCACACCUCUACGAGGCCAAGGAGCACCCGCAGCUGUCCAACCUUGCCUCUAUUCAUCUCCCCUCGCUCUUUGCCUCACAAAAG